AAUUCGCAGCAAUUAUCUAGUUGAUAAAUUAAAUAUUGUAAAUGUAUAGUUAAUAAUUAUUUUAAUAAAUUAAUCAUUUAAUUUUUAUUAAUUAAAUUGCUGUAAGAAAAUUGUUUGCUUAUAAACAUACAAUUUUUAAACAAAUUUUUGAGUAAUAUAUAAAAUUAAAUUUAACACCUAUGUCUACUUCAAUGUCGGUUACAAAAUCUUAUACAAACCGAUUAAAAAGUGAUGUGAAAUGCAUGUUGGAAAAUUUUGAAGGUAUCGUCAAACUAUGUAAGACUGAUGAUGAUCAAACACAAGUUUCCAAAGCAACUCGUAGUGAAUUGAUUGCAUUUGAAAUGGAAGUCAGAGCAGCCAACAUCGUUCGUGCUGGGGAAUCUCUUUUAAAACUUGUUUCAGAUAUGAAGCAAUACCUCAUUUUAAAUGACUUUCCAUCUGUUAAUGAAGCCAUUGCCCAAAAUUCAAAACUAUUUCGUACCAAACAAGUUGAAUGUGAUCGCAAAUUAACAAGUCUAGUUGAUGAUAUGUCAACAGAAUUAUAUGAGCUUGAAGAAGAAUAUUAUACAUCAAAUUAUAAAUAAAGAGGAGGUCUAUAUAUUAUCAAUUUAUUUUAUUAGAUGAAAAGUUUUUAAC